AUGGCUGAGACAGUAAAGAUGUUGAUGCUCGUCCUUGUUGAAAUUCCAAAGGAUAGAGGCUUUGUAACUCUGCAUCCCAAACUGGAUAGUGGUGCAUUUGCUGUUUCACAAAUGAAUUUAAUGAGAAUUCAGAAUUUAAUCAUAUGCCAAGGAAUCAAUGAAUUAUGGAGUUUGAAUCUUGUGUUUGAGUUCAUGGAGAAAGAUUUAGGGGAUGUAAUUCGUGAUCAUAAUAUUGUGCUUUCGGCAACUGAUAUUAGGUCAUAUAUUCAGAUGACCUUGAAAGGGCUGGCAUCCGGUCAUAAGAAAGGAAUUCUACAUUUGGAUUUAAAACCAGAUAAUCUACUGAUUGGACCUCGCGGACAGCUGAAGCUUGCCGGCUUUGGCUUGGCUAGGAUAUUUGGAAGUCCAGACAAGAUUUUUGGUCACCAAGUAUUUGGCCGUUGGUACAGAGCAACAGAGCUAUUAUUUGGUUCAAACCAAUACGGUCCAAGCGUGGAUAUUUGGGCUGCCGCUUGUAUAUUUGCUGAACUUUUAUUGCGACGUCCAUUCAUGCAACCACUCCACACACUUUUUCCAAUGGCUACUGAUGAUGCCUUGGAUCUUUUAUCAAAGAUGUUCACUUAUGAUCCAGAAACCAGGAUUUCAGCACAACAAGCAUUAGAACAUAGGUACUUCUCUUCUGGACCUCUAUCCAUGGAACCAGAUUCACUUCCAAGAUUUGCUCAGGAAAAGGAUGCGUCCAAUCCACAGGAUGGUCCAGCUAUAUUGUCUACAGGAUGGUCAACAAAAUUAAAUCCACAAGAUGGUCCAAAUCAUUUGGCUCCUCCAAGAAAGUCUAGAAGGGUUAUGCCAAAUCCUGAAUUCCUUUUGAGUGCUAACUUGGGAGAAAGUCAAAACAAUAUCGAAUUCAUUGAAAUGGAUCAAUCUUGGAAUGAAACCAAUGAUGAGAAGGUAAUGAACACAUUAGCUGCACCAGUACAAACUUUGAAAAUGAAUAAUAAAGGGCCAAAGGAUGCAACUGCUAAGACAAAGAGUUGCUCAGAAUGGGAAGAAGCAGAUGUAUGUAUCAUUGAUACAAAGAUAGUUAAGGAUGAGAAGGUCAUCUUCACAACUAGUUCACCAUUAGAAGAAGCCGAACCAUUUGAUGAGAAUGCGCCGUAUUGUGAAUAUCACGAUGUAUUUGGACAUGAUUUUGAUCAUUGUCCACAAGCACUCCUUAAAUGUGACUUCUGUAACAGGGGAUGCCACUCGAGGAGUCCAUGUCCUGAACUUCGGGAGAUUUCAGGUUACUUUGAUAGACCACAGCAAAAAGUGAUUCAAUAUGUGUUUAAUGAAGGGGACUCACUCGAGUGUUUAGCUAAAAUUUAUAUGGAAACUGUGACUCGUGCUUUGUUGGUCACAUUGAAACCCGAAGAAUGGUUGAAUUCUGAGGUUAUAAAUAUUUUCACCAAUAUUCAAACUCUGAAACAACAUGCCGUGUGGGGAAAGGGGCAAUCCCGUGUUUGGUUUUUGCCACACUAUAUCGCGGAGGAAUUAAAGUCGGAUGUUAGAGAUGAUAAGGUGUUAAAGAAGAUAUGGAAAAAAUAUUUGAUGCAAGAUACUUAUGGUAGUGACAUUCAUAGCUGUGAAAAGGUUAAAGUGUUGCAGGAUGUACUUGAAAUAGGAUUUGGCAACACAUACAAAGGCAACAUCGUCUCUUUUCCAAUUGAGGUACCAGACUGGUUUCCUAAACAAUGUAAUUGGUACGAUUGUGGAAUGUACGUGAUCAAAUUCAUGGAGCUUUAUUUUAUUAUGGACGAAGGGGUCUCUUUUAGCUUGAAUUCGGAAUUGGAUCGAAUGGAUUUGUUAGUCAAAAAUUAUUUUCCAUGA